CCUCCUCCUCCUCCUCACUGCCUCACUGAGCCAGGAAGAGAGUUCUCUAUCCCUCCACUUCCUCAGCCAGACGUGAAAGAAAAGUGGCUUGGCGCUAAAAUGUGAGAACACUUCGGCUCUCUCUGGGUUCGGUUAACGAGCGUGUCCGAAACUCUCCUCCCCCCCCCCCCCCCCCUUCUUCCCAUCCCCGGGCCUGGUGGGAGCGCGCCGGCUGCGUUCGUUGGCUUCUCGUCAGACGCUCGUCCAAAGAGCUCUCAGAGAUUCAGUCGUGACGGAUCCGGACCUUCCCUUCAACCCGCUCCUGUUUAACAUUCCGCAGUUGAAGAGACGGCGCUCUGCCCGCCGCAUCCGCUCCGCUCCUCUCCUCUCCGGACUUAUUCUGCACACGGAAAACGGGAAUCGGACCGUUUUUAAUUUCCUUUCGGAUUCAAGUUUAAUCGUACGAGGAGUUUACGAUGACAGCCACCAAGGAGCAGCCGAAUCCGAGACAGAACCAGCAGCAGCAGCAGCAGCAGGAUGAGGACCUGGGUGGGGGGAACGUUCCUCAGAGGAACUGGAAAGGGAUUGCCAUCGCUCUGCUUGUCAUCUUGGUGGUCUGCUCCCUAAUCACCAUGUCUGUCAUCAUCCUCACUCCAGCUGACAAUCAAGCUGGAAGCAACACCAAACUGACUGUGGAGGACCUGUUCAGACCUGAGUUCCAGGUACAUGACCCGGAGGCCAAAUGGAUCAAUGACUCUGGCCUGCGCUGUGAGGCUCUCAGCCAGACCGCCAAUGACUGGGCUGAGACCCAAGCCUCAGCUUGGUGA